CCUUACGCUUUUGGGUUACUCUGUUCUACCUCCAGCAGAACUGAGACACGUUGGCAAUAGGAGACUUCGUGCAGGAUGUCGCUGUCGAACGACACAAGACGGCUUAUUAGGCAAAUUAUUAGACAAGUCCACCCUGACUUAUUUGCUGCAAAUCCCUAUGAACGGCAAUGUAACUCGGACUCCUUACAGGUGUUAAACGCCUACGUCGAUGACCUUGCCAAGGGGCUGACGCCACCUCCAGCUCGUCUGGAGUUUUAUGUACGCGAGGCUGGCGCGUUGAUGAAGAGGGAGGCCGAGCUUUCUGCUACUGGAAGCCUAGCCCCUCUAUUCUACGCGUUCGGGCUCAUUUCGGCGGAGGAGCUGCAAGCUGCCGACCCGUACGCAACGGUUCAGGACACCAACUUCCUCUCAUGGCUCCAGGAGACGGUGCACGAAGCUGUGCGCACCGCGGAGCAGCAUGAGGUGCUGAAAUGGCGCAUCAGGAAGUACCGCGACACGCUGCAGGAAAAGUUCUCGCUGGCAGCUGUGCAGGUGGGUGCCGAGUACGCUGUCAGCAUCAGCGAGCAGGAGCGGCAGGUGGAGGCGCUCACCACGCUGGAGUACGGCCUCAGCAGCCUCUACCAGGAGGGCAUGGCCUUCGACGGCCUCAGCAUCCAGCUCUACCACCCCGACAUGUGCCCCGUGGAGUCGUACGCCUACAUGGACGAGCACGGAGCCUACCAGGUGCGGACCAGCUACAUGCGGAGCUACAUCGCGGACGACGGCACGGUGCACCUGGUAGCGGACAGCACCACCAUUCGGGAGCAGGUUCGGGCGCUGGAUCUGGAUCGGGCGCGCAUGCUGGCGUUCGUGGCAGACUUUUGGCUGGGGCGCGUGAAGGAGCUGACGCCGGCGGUGCAGGCGCUGCUGGGCGUGAAGGCGGUGUGGUGCGAUACGAAGACGGAACAGAAUUCACAGAAGUUUGUGAUUUGGGCUGGAUACCUGCUGGAGAAGCGGGACGACAUCCGCCGGAGCCUGGGCGGACGCAACUUCGCAUUCUCGCUCAUCGUGCACUCGGAGUCGGACGGCCCGCUCAUCAACUUCCACACCUCCAGCCCCAUCCUCAACGUGCGGACCGACUGCCCGCCGCAGCACCUGCUGGAGUUCUUGGUGUCGGAGACGGGCAGCGCGGCCAGCGAGGCGGCCACGGAGGUGCAGAGCAGCAGGGAGCGCGAGGAGGCGCUGCUUGAGAGGGUGCGCAAGGCGUUCGGCCUCAAGUGCAUUAUCAAGAUAUGCAUGAACGACAAGGUUCUGGAGGGCGCGCAGCGGCUGCUGGAGCACGCGGACCUCAUCAAGACCACCGUCAACCUGAAAGGAGCCUCCAUAGCGCUAGACGACUGCUAUGAGUUGUGGGACUCGGGCUUCAUAUCCGUGCCGUACAACUUCAAAAUCCACGAGCUGCCAAGCAAGAUUAAGCUGCUGCAGUCGGGUGGGCGCCUGCCUGACACCGCAUCCAACGGAGUCUCCUCAGCCAGCGGCCAGGCCAGCCUAGUCGCGCGCGCGGCCCCGGUGCACGGCGGUGUGGGGCCGUUGAACAGCGGAGGCAGCUGCCGCGCAAGCUGCAGCACAGCCCUCCGGAAAGGAAGUGAAACGUACGCCGUUGGUGCCAUCGCCCUCCCGCGGCGUUCUAUCCCUGGGGGGCUUCUCGUCCGCAGCGCUGUCAACGCUGGUGUUAGAGAAACCAGCAGUAGGAUGGCCGCUGCGGCCCCAGCGCGACGGCUUUCUGCAUGACGCAGGAUGUGGUUGCACACUCCUGGGUGCACACUGGCAUGG